AUGGGGUGCGCAGAAGGUAAAGAGAAUCCAAAUGUCGAUGACUUAACUCAAAUCAGAGCACAGUCAGAUCUGCUUUGCAAAGAAAUAUCUGGAGUUCUGUUCCAGAGCAAGCAGAUUAGCGAAGUUAGCAAGAUAUCUCAAACUAUUAUAUUAAAAAUUAACUCAUUAGCAGAUGACAACAGAAAACUAAAAGAUGAAAUUAAAGAUCAUAAAAUCAAAUACAAGCAGCUAAAAGUUAAAAACCGAGAAUUGAAAUCGGUAUCUGACCAGUUAACAGGAGCUUCAACACAAGCAAAACUACAACUCACCGCUAUGAUUGACGCAAUUCGAUUUACAAAAACUCAAAGAGAUAGUCUUAAGAAUAGAAGAUUGAAUAAAAGAUAUAUUAGCAUUCUAAGAAAGCUAUCAUAUAGGUAUGAUACUAUGGUGCAAAAGUCAUUUUUAUUGUGGAAGAGCAGUUUAAAAUCCGAAAAGAAACUUCCACAAGAGAGUAUUCAUCAGCCUAAAAUUUUUUAA